UCUAUGUGGAGGACCAAGCGCAGCACGGUGGAUGGAUACUUCCUGGCAGGGAAGAACAUGACCUGGUGGCCAGUGGGUGCCUCUCUGUUUGCCAGUAAUAUUGGCAGUGGACAUUUCAUCGGCUUGGCAGGUUCAGGAGCUGCAGCUGGCAUUGGAGCCAUCUCAUAUGAAUGGAAUGGCAUGCUGAUGGUGUUGCUGCUGGGAUGGCUCUUUGUGCCCAUCUAUAUUGCCUCUGGGGUGACCACCAUGCCCGAAUAUUUGCAAAAGCGAUUUGGUGGGAGGAGAAUACCAUUAUUUAUAGCGGUCUUGUACUUAUUUAUUUACAUCUUCACUAAGAUAUCAGUUGACAUGUAUGCCGGGGCAGUGUUCAUACAACAGGCGUUACAAUGGAAUAUCUACCUUGCAGUGAUACUGCUGUUGUUUAUCACUGCUCUCUACACUGUAGCAGGUGGCUUGGCUGCAGUCAUUUACACUGAUGCUGUACAAACUGGCAUCAUGCUGGCAGGAGCUCUCACCCUCAUGGUCUUCAGCUUUGUGGAGGUUGGGGGCUGGAACGCUAUGCUGGAGGGUUAUUUCACCGCUAUCCCGUCAGUGCGUGUCCCCAACUCCACUUGUGGCAUCCCACGAGAUGAUGCCUUCCGUUUAUUCAGAGACCCAGUGAACUCUGACCUGCCCUGGCCUGGGAUCAUCAUUGGCAUGUCCCUCCCCUCCAUGUGGUACUGGUGCUCUGAUCAGGUGAUUGUGCAGCGCUCCCUGGCUGCCAAGAACCUGACCCAUGCUAAAGGUGGCUCCCUGCUGGCCUCCUACCUUAAGAUUCUGCCUUUCUUCAUCAUAUUGCUGCCUGGCAUGAUCAGCAGGAUACUAUACACAGAUGAGGUGGCAUGUGGAGACCCAGAGUUGUGUACAGAGAUUUGUGGUAACCCAGUGGGCUGUUCCGAUAUUGCCUAUGCUAAACUUGUCAUGGAGCUGCUGCCUGCAGGUCUGCGGGGUCUGAUGAUGGCAGUGAUGAUUGCUGCCCUUAUGUCCUCUCUGACUUCCAUCUUCAACAGCUCCAGCACCAUUUUCACCAUGGACCUGUGGAGGUGCAUGCGGCCCCGCUCCACCGAGUGGGAGCUUAUGAUCGUGGGAAGGGUGUUUGUGCUUGUGCUGGUGGUGGUGUCAGUGCUGUGGAUUCCAGUGGUCCAGGCCAGUCAGGGCGGACAGCUGUUUAUCUACAUCCAGUCCAUAAGCACCUAUCUCCAACCUCCCGUCUCUAUAGUCUUCCUCAUGGGCUGCUUUUGGAAGAGGACCAAUGAGAAGGGUGCAUUCUGUGGCUUGGCUCUUGGUCUUUUGGUGGGCUGCUGCCGAAUGGUGUUAGAUUUCAUCUACCCUUCUCCCCCAUGCAACGAAGAAGAUGAUAGGCCUGGGGUGGUGAAGCACGUCCACUAUCUCUACUUCUCCACCAUGCUGUCCGUCUUGACCCUGUUGGUGGUGGUAAUCGUCAGCCUGGCAACAGAGAAGCCCAGGCCAGAGCAGAUUAGCCGCCUGACCUGGUUCACAAGGCUUGACCUGGUGGAGAUGCCCAAAGAGCAGCAGGAGCAGGUGUUCACCAUGGAAAGACAUGGGAAAGCAUCAGAGAUGAUAACCACAGGGACCAAGGAGCCAGCAGAUGUGGAAAGAGUACAGGAAAGCAAUAGAGAAUCAUGCCAUCAGGAGAGAGCCUCAGAGUCCAGUGUCCAGAGCCAGUCCAGACUGGUGUCUGCCAUCUACUGGCUGUGCGGGAUGGAGAGACGGACAGAGACAGAAAACAGUCCUACACCUCCUCCUUCACCCGAGGAGGCAAUUUGUUCCCUAGAAGAAGAGCCCUGUCUGCGACAUGUUGUUAACACCAACCUUAUCAUCUGCCUCGCUGUAGCAUUUUUCUUGAUUGGCUACUGGGCUUGACAAGUGAUUCUGCACAAUCAAGUGAGUGACAUUAAUGAGGGUGGCAGAGUUUGGCACUCUUAUAGCGGACAUUUGGUUUUUAGGUUUUCUAAAAGAUUAUGUAUAGAUCUGAAUGUUUUGUUCUCACGGUAUAUAAGAGAGCAGUGCUGCUCAUUUCUGUCACAAAGCUGACACUGUAAAUUGAGAUGCCACCAAACAGAGACAUUAUUUAUUAUCCUAGAAUCAAUGUUAAGUGAUACUUUUCUUUUUUUGUGAAAUAUUUUGAAAAACCACCAGUCAGAUUUACUUAAAACACAAACACAACAUUGAUAAUGCGUAAAAUUAGGUUUUUCACCUAAGAAAAUGUUGGGAAAUGUAGUUUGUUAUAUUUGAGCCGUAUCCAAAUAUUGAAUGACCACUGAUUACAGGAGAGAAAACAAAGCAAAACAUUAAAAACAAGUGUUGAAGCCUUUUUCAACUUCUGAACUUCUGUUGUAUGAUGGAAUGCAAAUUUAACAAAA